AUGUUACUUUUGGUUGGUGUCAUCAACAUUUAUUUUCUUAUUGCUUCUCUUUGUGUUUUUUUUUUAAUAGUUUUCGGUAUCCAAGUUGUUUGCGGAAAAAUAGCUGAUACUGAAUUUAUUUUCGCUUUAUUCAUUCUGUUUUUGACUUUUCUAUUUUUCUCUGUCUUGUUCUAUAAAUCAUUUUUCUUUCUUUUUCACUCUAUUUCUCUCUUUCUUUUCUGUUUUUCUUUAUCUUGUUCUAUAUCUCCUCUCUUUUUCACUCUACUUCUCUCUCCCUCUCUUUUCUGUUUUUCUCUGUCUUCGUCUAUAAAUCAUUUUUCUUUCUUUUUCACUCUAUUUCUCUCUCUUUCUUUUCUGUUUUUCUUUAUCUUGUUCUAUAUCUCCUCUCUUUUUCACUCUAAUUCUCUCUCACUUUCUUUUCUGUUUUUCUCUGUCUUCUUCUAUAUAUCCUUUCUUUCUUCUUCACUCUAUUUCUCUCUCUUUCUUUUCUGUUUUUCUUUAUCUUGUUCUAUAUCUCCUCUCUUUUUCACUCUACAUCUCUCUCCCUUUCUUUUCUGUUUUUCUCUGUCUUCGUCUAUAAAUCAUUUUUUUUUUUUCUUUUUUCACUCUAUUUCUCUCUCUUUCUUUUCUGUUUUUCUUUAUCUUGUUCUAUAUCUCCUCUCUUUUCACUCUACUUCUCUCUCACUUUCUUUUCUGUUUUUCUCUGUCUUCUUCUAUAAAUCAUUUUUCUUUCUUUUUCACUCUAUUUCUCUCUUUCUUUUCUGUUUUUCUUUAUCUCCUCUCUUUUUCACUCUACUUCUCUCUACCUCUCUUUCUGUUUUUCUCUGUCUUCUUCUAUAA